UCCGGACGCUCAUCGAAUCGCUCGUCAUGACUGGCCGUGGAAAGGGUGGAAAGGGACUGGGAAAGGGAGGAGCUAAACGGCACAGGAAAGUUUUACGAGAUAACAUUCAAGGUAUUACGAAGCCCGCGAUCCGUCGUCUAGCUCGGCGAGGUGGAGUGAAACGAAUUUCAGGCCUCAUUUACGAAGAAACCAGAGGAGUUCUCAAGGUAUUCCUUGAGAACGUUAUUCGAGAUGCCGUCACUUACACCGAACACGCAAAGAGGAAAACCGUUACCGCGAUGGACGUCGUUUAUGCCCUGAAACGUCAAGGACGUACUUUAUACGGAUUUGGAGGUUAAUCAUCUUAUCCUCUGCA